AUGGAAUCUUCAAUUAACAGCAUUCCUUCACAAUCUCUCCAUGAUAGACCUGCUUGGUUUAAAACAGUUAUUGACCCUGAUAAGGACGAAAUUCAUAUGUGUCCACUUUUUGUUAAGAAUUGGUCAAGUCAGAUGAAUUUUGAAAAAACUGGAUGGAUUAUAAAUGGUAAUAAAGAGAGAACUAUGGUGGUGUUCAACUGUGACAAUGGUAAAUGGUAUAUUAGUUCUGGAAUUAUAGUUGCCGUGAGAAAUGGAUUUACAGUACCAACGGAAGUUUAUCUUUAUUACCAAAUGAAGCGUAAUAAUUUAUUGAUGUUCGAAUCAAUUAUGAGUCAAUUCGCUCCUCCUUAUGAGGCUCCCUGUGAAUCCGAUGAACAUCCAUGUUCUGGUUUUUUUUAUAAUGAGCAAAACAAUGAGGAUGUUGAGGUUCAACAACUUAAUACUCAAGGUACUGAAGAUAUGGAUCAAUCACAUAUCUAUAAAUUUGAUGUCAAGAUCACAAGUGCAAUCAUUAACAAUAAUGAAUUUCAAGAAUUUCAAAACACAUCGUCGAAGUAUGUUCUCAAAGUCAAGGCUGAGAAAAUUUCUGUUACGGCUUUGGACACAAGCGAAAUAGCAAGAUUCAGUAGGAAACAAAAGUUACAUAAUCAUACAAGCAACAAGAAUGGCUCUUCUUCAGAAAAUAUUCAACCAAAUUUGGGUCAAAGCUCUUUCAAUAAUACAUCAUCUGGUUCAGAGAAUAUCAUGCCAAUGGAUAUCAGUAUCCAAUCCAACUAUACAACAAAGGGAGAACUAUUUAAGAGGAAAGCAGACAGGAUUCCAUUGUCACCUUUGACUCAAGGAAGCAUAUUGACUACAAACGUAGAAAGUGAUAUGAACCAAAACAUUCCUGCAAAAAGAAUUAGAAUUCCAAAUCCUAAGUAUUUUUCUCCUGUAUCAUGUGUUGUUAACUCUUCAAAUGAGUCGAGCUCUAAAUCAUCAAGAUCAAGACCUAAGCAACAAGGAACAAAUACAGGUAAAUCUAAAGUUGCAGUUCCUGCGUUAUCAAGAAGAAAUAAUCACACUUCAAAAAGGUUUCCGCUACAUAAUAAAUAUAUUGGUGUUCAAAGAAUAGAUUUUGAUGAUGAAACCAAUGGUUCUUCUAAUGUGGUAAAUGACAUGGAUGUAUAUAAAUCCAAUUUGUAUGCAAGUUCUGAAAUUGAAGGAGUCAUUAACUUUGGCAUGCCUGAAAUUACAUGCAAGUGGUGUAAUGCUGAAUUAUGGUAUGAGGAAAGAGCGGAAAAGACAAGGCAUGGUAUUGAUAUAGAAUUUUCAAUUUGUUGUGCAAAAGGAAAAGUUGAACUUCCUCUUCUUAAAAAACCUCCAGACCUUUUACUAGCUUUAAUAAAUGGCCGUGAUCGACGUAGUAAGAACUUUCAGGAGAACUAUAGAGCUUUCAACAGUAUGUUUGCUUUCACGUCAUUAGGCGGUCACAUAAAUUACAACAUUAAUGAUGGUGGUGGACCUCCUCAAUUUAUUUUAAGUGGUCAAAAUUAUCACAGAAUUGGAUCUUUAGUACCAGAAGCAGGAACAACUCCUAAGUUUGCACAGUUAUAUAUCCAUGAUACUGAAAAUGAAGUGAACAACCGAGCUGCGUGCUUUAGGUCUGAUAACAACAAAAAAGAUCCCAUUGAUAUUUCUUUAGUUAAAGAUCUUAAAGAAAUGAUAGAUUAUUGCAAUCCACUUGCUAAGUCUUUUAGGAAGGUUAGAGAUGCUAUUCAAUCCGGUACUACUCAUAAUUUGUCAUUAAGAUUAUAUCGAAAGCGAACAAAUGAUUCAAGAAUGCAUAAUAUACCUACAGUUGAUGAGGUUGCUGGUUUGAUAGUUGGUGACUUUGAAGACUCAGAAAUUGGAAGAGAUAUUAUUGUUAAUGAUAAACAGUAUGGCUUGACUAGAAUUCAUGAAACUCAUGUGUUGUUCCUGCCUCUUCAAUACCCGUUGUUGUUUCCUUGGGGUGAAAAUGGUUGGGAACCAGAUAUUCCACAUAGAAAGACAAAAGAAGUACCAACAAGUGAGAAGGAAGAAAGAGUUAAAAUUAGAGAAUUCAUGGCGUUCCGCAUUCAAGAAAGAAAAAAAGAAUUUGGGAACAUUGUUUUUUCUAGGAGAUUGUUUCAGCAGUUUGUGGUGGAUUAUUACACUAUGAUAGAAGCCCAAAGGCUAUCAUUCAUAAGAGAAAACCAAGAUAAAAUUCAUUCUGAUGUACUAAGUGGUCUACAAGAAGCUGUCGAUAGGGGGGAUGUGGAUGCUUCAACAGUCGGAAGACGCAUUAUUUUGCCUGAUUCUUUCACUGGAGGUCCGCGAUACAUGUUCAACAAUUGUCAAGAUGCUCAAGGAAUUUGCAAGAGAUUUGGUUAUCCUGAUCUGUUCAUAACAGUUACAUGUAAUGCAAAUUGGCCUGAAAUACGUAAUUUCAUUGAACCGAGAGGACUUCAACCUUCGGACCAACCAGAUAUUGUUGCCAGAGUAUUCAAGAUGAAACUGGAUCAAAUGAUGUCGGACUUAAAAAAAGAACAAAUAUUUGGCAACGUCAUAGCAGGUAUGUAUACUGUGGAGUUUCAAAAAAGAGGUCUUCCACAUCUUCCUCAUCCUAAAUUAUAUCCAAAACUUUAUGCCGCUGUAUCAUCAUUUAUGAUGCAUGGCCCAUGUGGUGAAGCAAAUGUCAAUUCUCCUUGCAUGGUUGGUUACCGUUGCUCGAAGUUCUUUCCAAAAAAGUAUAAAUCGUCCACAACUAUUGAUAAUGAAGGCUAUCCUUCUUACCGGAGACGUAAUACUGGAGUUACAGUAAAAAAGCCUAAGGCCAGCUUAGACAACGGCUUUGUUGUUCCUUACAAUCCUUUUCUUUUGAUGAGAUAUCAAGCUCAUAUUAAUGUUGAAUAUUGCAAUAAAUCCAAUGCCAUCAAGUACUUAUUCAAAUAUGUAAAUAAAGGUCCCGACCGUUCAAAUGUUGAAAUAUCCAAUGCCAAAAAUUCAAAAGAGCCGGUUGAUGAAAUUAAAAGAUUUUAUGACUGCCGGUAUUUAUCUCCGGCAGAAGCUGUUUGGAGGACAUUUGCAUUUGACAUUCAUCAACAUUUUCCAGCUGUUAUUAGGUUAUCUAUUCACUUGGAAAAUGAACAAGUAGUUAAAUUUGAUGAUAAUAGUUCACUGCAUAAUGUUGUCCGUUAUCGGGAAAUGGUUGACACAAUGUUUCUUGCUUGGUUUAAAGCUAAUAUGGACUACGAAGAAGGUCGCAAUUUGACAUAUUCGCAGUUUCCUACAAAAUUUGUUUAUAUACCAAAGGAACAUCGUUGGCAACCAAGACAAAGGGGUUUUAGCAUCGGAAGAUUAACAUAUGUUCCUGUUGGAGCCGGUGAGUUAUACUACUUGAGGGUGUUGUUGACACAACAAAAAGGAUGCACAAGUUACGAAGAUAUUAAAACAGUUGAUGGCAAGAUAUGCAAAACAUUCCAAGAGGCGUGUAGUGAGUUAAGGCUUUUAAAAGAUGACCAGGAGUUCAAAGAUGCAAUUAAAGAGUCUUAUCAAACAGCGUCAGGUUGGCAGAUGAGGAGUUUGUUUGUUAGAUUACUUAACAUGAAUACAAUGACUAAUCCAUUCGAUGUUUGGAGCUGUACUUGGAAGAUGUUGGCUGAUGGCAUUCUUUACAAUAGGAGAAGGGAACUCAAUCUUCCAGAUUUACAAAUAUCUGAUGAUGACUUGCAGAAUCUCUGUCUUAUUGAAAUUGCAAAACUGUUGACUGAAAAUGGAAGAACAUUAAGUGAUUACCCGUCUAUGCCUACCCCUAUAGUUGAAGAUGUCAAUACCUUUCAUAACAAACUCAUAGCCGAUGAACUCAACUAUAAUAGAGUUGAAUUAGCUGCUCUUCAUGAAAGUUUGGUUCAAAAGUUAACUGAAGAGCAACAUGGUGUCUAUCAAGAAAUAAUGACAUCUGUGUUAUCUGGUAAUGGUCAAUUCUUCUUUUUGUAUGGUUACGGUGGUACUGGCAAGACUUUCUUGUGGAAGACAAUUUCAGCAGCUCUAAGAUCUAAAGGAGAAAUUGUAAUCAAUGUUGCUUCGAGCGGAAUAGCUUCUUUAUUGCUUCCUAAUGGAAAAACAGCUCACUCAACUUUUUGCAUCCCAUUGGAAAUCAAUGAUAAAUCUACUUGCAACAUUAAACAAAAUUGUUUUAGAGCAGAACUAUUAAGAGCUGCCAGUCUAUUCAUAUGGGAUGAAGCUCCAAUGAUGAAUAGAUAUUGCUUUGAAGCAUUUGAUCGUACGAUGAGAGACUUGAUGGGAAAGGUGGAUAAGAAUAACAGAAACAAGCCAUUUGGUGGAAAAGUUAUUGUCUUAGGUGGAGACUUUAGACAGAUAUUGCCGGUAAUUAGGAAAGGAUCGAGAAGUGAAGUUGUUAGGGCAGCUAUUGGCUCAUCAAAGAUAUGGAAGCAUUGCAAAGUUCUGAAAUUGACCAAAAACAUGAGGUUGAAAGGUGAUUUGACUAACAACUCAGAAAUUGAACUCAAAGAAUUUGCCGAUUGGAUUUUGAAAAUUGGAGAUGGCUUAUUAGAUGGAGAUGAAAAUGGAGAGGCUGAAAUUAAAAUCCCUGAAGAAUUGUCUGUUCUACAAAAUGACAACCCUUUGCUUUCUUUGGUUGAUUUUGUUUACCCUAAUAUUGUUAACGAUAUUGGCAAAAACAAUUUCUUUGAGGAUGAAGCAAUUCUUGCUCCAACAUUGGAGGUUGUUAAAGAGGUAAACGAUUAUGUGCUAUCUAUGAUUCCAGGUGAAUCGAAAGAUUAUUUAAGUUGUGAUACACCAUGUAAAUCUGAUGAGGAUAAUGAGGUUCAAGGAGAUUGGUUUACAUCGGAAUUUUUAAAUGAUAUCACAUGUUCUGGGAUACCUCAUCAUCGGUUAACCCUAAAAGAGGGUGUCCCAGUUAUGCUGCUGCGCAAUAUUGAUCAAGCAAGGGGAUUAUGUAAUGGUACCAGGUUACAGGUUAGAGAAUUAGGCAAGAAUGUUAUAACAGUUGUGGUUAUCAAUGCAACAAAUGACGGUGAAGUUGUCUAUAUUCCAAGAAUGGACUUAGUUCCUUCAGAUCCUGGACUUCCUUUCAAGUUUUGUCGCCGCCAAUUUCCCAUAUGCUUGUGUUUUGCAAUGACCAUCAACAACAACCAAGGACAAUCUCUCUCCAAGGUUGCGGUUUAUUUACCUCGACCAGUUUUUACACAUGGUCAAUUGUACGUAGCAGUUUCAAGAGUAACAACAAAGAAAGGCUUAAAGUUUCUUAUAUUAGAUGAAGAUGGCAAGACCUGCACGACAACUAAAAAUGUCGUAUUUCCUGAAAUUUUUGAGAAUUUAAAGGUUCACAAGAUAUUAUAUUUUCUAUCUUUUGAUGGUGCAUUUUUUGGAUCGGAAUCACUGACAUCAUUUUUCGAGAUUACGAGAGACCCGAGUAAGAAAAUGAUGAUGAAAGGUAGAGGAAUGGGUAGGAAUAGGAUUAAUCCUGUUCAAACAAUUUCAAGUCAUAUGGGUGAUAAGGAUAAGAUUCAAGGUAUUGAUUUUGCUUAUUGGUUAAAGAUUGUUGUUACAAGUAAAGAUUUUGUUGUUGUGAAAAUGGAUGUUGAAGGUACUGAGUUUCAUUUGAUACCUAAGUUGAUUCAAACUGGUGCUAUUUGUUUGAUUGAUGAACCAUGGGAAAUAAUGGAUCUGCUAGUUUAUGUAAUAUAUCUUUAA